CUUCUGUUCAUAAACUCGACCCGUCUUUCCUUCAUUUCGCGACGAUCGUCCAUCGAGGAUGAACCGACACAGUGAAUUCAUCUUCGUUUUUCUGCUCCUGGCCUUGUCCAUGGUUUACGCAGAACUCAUCCCAUGGCGACCGUGUCCUUACCCUGAUUCUAAUACACCAUCAAAUUGCACCAUACAUGAAGUGUAUUUAGAUCCCUGUAAAGAAGCUGCAGAGGAGAAACCAUGUAAAGUAAAAAGAGGAAUUACUUCAAACAUGACUUUUCACUACACACCUGACUUCUCGUCAGACAAGAUGAACGUCCGAAUUUUCUGGGCUAGUCAAGUAAUGGAUAUUCCAUUUUUGGGAAUGGACCCCGAUGCUUGCUUAUCAACCACGUGUCCAGUCGAAGCAGGACAAAGAUACGUGUAUCAUGCGGAAAUACCAAUUCUGAAAAAAUAUCCUGUUGUAAGUAUGCAACACCAUUCUAUUUGUAUACCUAUUAUUCUUAACAUUUUCAUCUUAACAAAGCUAAUCAAAAAUUACAUUUGCUAUCAGUAAAAUAAAUAUUCCUAU